GACAUUUUAUCAUUUUUUUCCAGCAUACCAAAACCAACUGAUAUAAAUGUGUCGGAACAAAUGCGAAGGACUGCUACUCUGAAAGAGCACCCUUAUUCUUCGCAUAUUUCUCGGUUUGCCAUGUUUCCAUCGUUCCUCUCCCCAGAUGACCCAGAAAGGGGAGUCAGAGCUGCUUCACAGAGUUUCUUAAACCCUCUCAUCCCAAACAAACCUCCUGACGUCACUGUGCUCAGCAAAACUAUAGGAGGUCGGUACAGACAUGAGGUCUUGGAAAACCCAGUUAAAACUAGGAAAAUGGCUGUUUCAUGGACAGGAGAAAAUGGAUUUUUGGAUCAUCCAAAGCCGAUAGAAGGGGAGAAACAGAUUUUCUACCCAGCUCCUCCAAAGACAGUACUGCCCAACCCAAAACUCAGAGACUGGGAUCUGUCAUUAUCAGAGCGCACAAGCAACAUUCUGAAAAACCUGGAGAGGAAACUCUGGAUCACCUCUUACCAGGUAGACUUUACCGGGCCUGCAAACCCUUUGAAGACUAAUGAUUUUAAGGAGAAAAUAAGUACCCUUACUGGGAUUAAUCUGCACUCUGUUCCUCUGAGAGAAAGGUCCUAUCCUGUAUUAUUUCCAUCAAAACCCGAAGGAGGACAUGAACGAAGACAGCAGAACAAACUGAGUGAAAGCUCCUUUAUCGGCAAUUCUUCUGGACUCCAGUUGCCAGCUGCAAAUCAGAUCACUGCUUCAUCUUAUAAAAACCAACAACAGCCCCAAGAGCUGAUGACUAAUUGUAAUGAAGCUGCAGAUAUGCCUCAACUGGGUCACAGUCAAUCAGAGUCCAAAACUGACUUCACAGAUGCACAGCACACUAUGUACCUGGAGAUCCUUCAAAAGCAACAACCUCAGAGUAAAAGCACUGUUGGUCAUGCCAGAGAAGGAGAAAAUCGCAAAGUCCGAUUUAAUGAACGUCCAAAGCAAGAAUCUCAAUCAAAGAGCAGCCAAGAUGUUGCUCUCCACCUGUCAAACAUGCAACAACACUUCGACCCGAACAGUCAGCUGUAUUCCCAGAGACAGGCAAAGGUAAGUAGCGAGAGAAACUCAAUAGAGCUGCAAAAAGAUGAUCCACCAAGCAAAAAAGAACAGCUAAACUCUCUCCCUAAUGCCAGUAUCCUGCAAUGGCCUCCUGUCCUGCCAGGUAUUCCUGGUACAAACAGCCUUGAGACUGAGGGUAGGACAGGCACAGCUCACAGUCUUCUAGACCUCCAAAACUCAUUCAGCAAGUCAGAGGCACAUCAAAGAUUCAGUAGCUCCAUCACUCAUGCUGCUGUGAACCUGAGGAACAAUGUAGUCACCGGGAAAAGGCACACCUUUUAUGGGAUCAACUGCAACCAUAUCCAUGGAUGAAUAUGAACACUGAUUUUCUACCCGUGUGAUAUUUGGUCACAACCAGCUAACAUUUAAUGAUAAUAUACAACAUGGACCUAAACUAGCAGCAACUCUCUCAAGCACACUUUUCUGGGAGUCAGAUCCUUGUUGCAAAUUGUCUUUAAACAUCUUCACAAACAUAUCUUUAUGAUGCUGUUGUUCAUUAAUACAUCUCACAGUCCUUUACUGAACAGUUGUAGUUAUACUAAGAAUAGAUGACAUGCAGUUGGACUUUACUUACUAAAAUAAA